AUGGGUGCAUCUACAAGUAAGCCUAUGCCACAAGCUUUCCAAGAUCUUGACGACUUUGACCGAACAACAGCUGUUGAAUACGAAGAAGCUUUUAAAAGUGGCGGAAUGACAAAAUUAAGUAAAAAAAUUGAGGAAGACAUAGACAAAUGGAGAAAUGUACCAGUAAAUAUUGCUGUAACAGGAAAUUCCGGGGUUGGUAAGUCCUCAUUUAUAAACAGUUAUAGAGGACUUAAAGCAAAUUCUGAAGGUGCAGCUGCGGUUGGCGUAAAUGAAACAACUGAAGAACCAACUAAAUACAUGCACCCAAACAAUAACAGUGUUGCUCUUUGGGAUCUCCCGGGAAUGGGUACACAGAAAUUUCCGAAAAAAACGUAUUUAGAAAAAGUCAAAUUUCAAACGUAUGAUUUUUUUAUUAUAAUAACAGCGACUCGUUUUACAGAAAAUGAUAUUUGGUUGGCAAAUGAAGUCAAAAAAAUUAAGAAAAAGUUCUUUUUUAUCCGCACAAAAAUGAAUACAGAUGUAGAAAAUGACACACAUGAUUACCCUGGAACUAGUAAAUCUGACACAGUUAAUAAAGUUCGUCAAAAAAUGACACAACACGUAGCAAAAGAACAUUUUGAAAACGUCAAAAUUUACCUAAUCGACAACCACUUUGUUCUAGAUUAUGAUUUUCCAAUCCUCGUAGAAACGAUGAUUAAAGAAGCGCCAACAUGGAAACAGGAAGCAAUGACAUUAACAUUGACAAUUCUCACUGAAAAUAUAAUAAAUCAAAAGAGAAGUGCUCUUAGAAAAAGAAUAAUGAUAGUAGCACUAGGUUCAGCAGCUGGAGGAGCAGUCCCUGUGCCAGGAGUGAGUCUUGCUGUAGAUACAGCAAUAGUAAUGGGAGAAGUCAAAUUUUACAAACAACAGUUUGGCCUUAAUGAUGACUCGUUGCAGGAAAAUGCACAUUCACUAGAAAUAACUGUCGAAAGUCUUAAAGAACGUUUGAACAUAACAAGACAGUUAGCAGUGGCGUCAACACGUUUGAUUGCUAUUGUUGUGAGCAAAAUGGCUUUAUCAGAAGUUGCUGAGAAAGUUACAGCUUUCUUUCUCCCUGUACUUGGAAGUAUUAUUGCGGCAGGGAUAUCUUAUGGUUGCACUGUUUCCGUAUUAAGGUCCAUAUUAGACGAAUGUGUUUCCGAUGCACGAAUUAUAAACGAACAACUCAUGCAAAAGAUGUCUGAAUCAGACUGUCAUCAAUAA